AUGCGUCUUUUUAGGUGUCAAGAUGCCAGAUAUAUGGUCCUGACUCCAAAGUCGAUCCAAUCAUGUGCUCCGUAUUCAUUUAGUGCCCGAGCCUUUGGCAACCAUUCCUACACAUUGAAGACGGAACUUCAACGUUCCUAUAGUGGGAAUACAAUUUCUUCAAUUACCACUGAAAUAUUGCCUGGCGAUACAAACACCGUUACGUUACAGGUUCCAUGUAAUUUAACUUCUUGGAGCAUCUAUCUUAUUCUGACGGGUACUGGUGAAACUACGUUUAAUAAUCGUCAAUAUCUGAGUGUGAACAGCAGAAAUAUGGAAAUCAUCAUACAAACUGAUAAAAAGGUGUAUAAACCAGGGCAAACAGUAAAAUAUCGGGUAUUUGGUGUUCGCUCGGAUUUACAAGUGGUAUGUUCUAACUAUACCGUUACUGUCACAUUGGAUAAAAAUGGGAAAGGUACUACUGUUAUUACAACAGAAAAAUUAAAGACAAUAGCCUAUGGAAGAUAUCUUUCCUACAAGACAAUAAUUGGUCAAGUAAAUGUGACUGAUGACGCAACUGGAGCGACGUACAUCUCUCAAACCAGUCAAAUUUCAGUGACUAGGACUAGAGAAAAGUUAAGCUUUGUUCUAAAUCCACAGAACUACAAGCCUGCACUUGUUAACAGAUUCUAUAUUGAACUCAAGCAGAUGGAUGGCAAACCAGUUUUGGAACCAGGUAAUAUUAUUGUAAGUGCCAGGGUUAAAAUCCUCAUACCAGAAGAACCAGCUACAGAACCACCACCACCAUCCGAGAACUCGGACAACUCAUCCACGCCAACUCCUCCUACUACUCCUCGAUGGAGAUAUGGUCAUUAUGGCUGGGGCUAUGGCUACCCGCCUUGGUGGUAUGACCCUAACUGUAAGGAUCCACAAUAUAGAUAUGAAAAUUUACCAGAAAAAAAUUUGACUGUACCAGCCAACGGUCUAGUGACGUAUGAUUUAUUGGUGAAUGAAACCGAUUCUGUUGAGGUUUAUCUAAAGGUAUAUUAUGUAGAAGAUACUGACGUAUAUACAUCAAGGACUCUAACAUCUUUCAAAUCCCCGAGCAACACAUUCUUGUCUGUCUCUCUUAAAACUAACAAACCAGCGUCUGGAAAAAAAGUUGAGCUCGAACUCAAAGCUACUCGAGAAUUUAGCAGAGUUUAUUACACA